AAAUCCUUGCUUCUGAUUGGUUAUCAACAGAUUUGUCACUGACUCGCUGGCUUUGUGAAACAGGUCCCUGGUCAUCGUAUGAGAAUACACCAUGAGUUCAACCGUUCUUGAUGCAUUGUGGGAGGACAGGGAUGUACGUUUUGACAUCAAUCCCUCCCAAAUGAACAUGCGUCCAGGAGAAAGCAUUAUAGAUAAACUGGAUUCUAUAGAAGACACAAAGGGAAACAAUGGAGAUAGAGGGCGUUUGCUGGUUACAAAUCUGAGAGUAAUAUGGCAUUCCACAUCUCUACCCAGAGUAAAUCUCUCUGUGGGUCUGAAUUGUAUCAUUAACAUCACAGUGAGAACUGCCAACUCAAAAUUGAGAGGACCCACAGAAGCAUUAUACCUCCUCACAAAGUGCAACAACACAAGAUUUGAGUUCAUCUUUACUAAUCUAGUGCCUGGUUCACCAAGACUAUUCACUACAGUCAUAUCCGUCCAUAGAGCUUAUGAGACCUCUAAGCUGUAUCGCGAUGUGAAGCUACGAGGGGCUAUCAUCAGCAACAAGUCAUUGAGAAUGCUACCGUUGGAACAGGUCUAUGACAAGGUGGGAGGCGUCUGGAACCUCUCUAGUGACCAGGGCAACCUUGGUACUUUCUACAUCACUAACGUAAGACUCGUCUGGCAUGCAGUCAUGAAUGAAGCCUUCAAUGUUAGUGUUCCAUACCUUCAGAUGAGAACAGUGAAGAUCAGAGAUUCUAAGUUCGGACUGGCUUUGGUUGUUGAAACAUCUGUACAGAGUGGAGGUUAUGUACUUGGUUUCCGCUUGGACCCGGCUGAAAAACUCCAGGAGGUAGUGAAAGAGAUCCAGUCCCUACAUCGGGUCUACAGCACAAACCCUAUACUGGGCGUCGAGUUCGAGGUCGAUGAUGUCCCAGCUACUGCAGAGGAGCUGGUGGUUGAGAACAUCCAGGAUGACAUCGACAUCGUCAAUGACGAUGAACAAUCAGAUGCCUUUGCAGCCUACUUUGCCGAUGGUGACAAGCAGAAGGAUCGACCCCCGGUCUUCUCUGAGGAGCUUGGCCUGGCCAUUGAGAAACUCAAAGACAGCUUCACCCUCUCCAACCUGUGGGAGGUCGUCGAUCACAAAUGAGACAUCGGUCGGUCGCCUACUGGAUCAGGGGGGUGUUUCACAAAGAUCCUAAGUUGAACUUGACUCUAAGUUGGACUUCAAUAUUAUGGAGAGCCAU